UUAAAGGUGAAGUGGUUCCAAGACUCCAUAUGGUUUUCCUACUUAAUGACUUCUGAAUAUCAUGGUUAGGGUGAAUUUUAUCAAGACAGGGUAGUCAUAUCUAGCGCUCCUCUGCUCCUGGAGACCAUGUUUAAUGCGAACUUUUUAAAAAAGGCAGCGAUAUCUGGCGCUGUUCUUUCUAUUGCAGGAGCAGCUUUCUUUCAUCACAAAAUUCAAGCAAACAUCGCAUCUCAAGACUAUUAUAAAACAUCAGUUCAGUUACUAAGAGAUCAUCAACUUGCUUUGGAUACUCUUGGAGAACCUCUAAGAAUUACUUACAUGAAUCUCUCAUGCAAAGAUAUCAUGAUUAACCAUGAGAUUGCUCAGGUGGUCAUACCAGUCAGAGGAAGUAAUUCUAAAGGAAAUCUUUAUUCCUUUGCUACUAGAACAGAAGACAAUGGCUUUUUUGACUUAUCAGAGGCAAGCAGUUAAAAUUGGGGGAUCUCUAUCAAAUUGGUUAACACCAAAAAGAGGAGUCACCCAAGGAACGAAGUUGGGUGGGAUUCUUUUUAUGGUGAUGACAAACAGACUUCUGUCCGACUGGCGGCUGCGCAUUAAAUACGUUGAUGAUACCAGUGCUCUCGAAAAAAUUCCAAGGAAUUCCCCUAGCUUACUCAUUGUUGUAGCCUCAGACAUUCAGAAUUUUGCCAUUGCCCAUAAUAUGAGUCUUAAUCCAACUAAGUGUAAAGAAAUGCAUAUUAAUUUUCUAUGCAACUCAAAUUGUCUCAUUAAUCCCAUAUUAAUUGGCAGCAACGCCAUCCAGUGUGUCAGUACCUAUAAGAUCUUAGGAGUUAUUAUAGACAGUAACCUGAAGUGGAACUGUCAUGUUGAUUACAUUAUUAAGAAAGCUUGUAAGAGGUUAUACUCCCAUAGAGUACUGCACAGAGCCAGGGUGUGUCAAUCUAACAUCCUGAAGAUAUACCUUAGCACAGUCCAGCCAGUUUUAGAGUAUGCUGUACCUGUCUGGCAGGAUAUUCCUGCCUAUCUGUCCAAAUCCAUAGAGCGAGUCUGAAAAACGGCACUUAGGUAAUAUAAUUUACCCUGAGGCCGGGUCAUAUGCGUAUGCCUUACAGCUGGGUAAAUUAGAUAGGCUAGAUGACAGAGGAGUGGACCUGUGCCAUAAAUACAUGGCAAAAAUGAAGUCCCCCAGCCCACUCCUACACCCAUCAGCUCCCCAGCCCACUCCUACACCCAUCUGCUCCCCAGCCCACCCCUGCAGGUACCUAAUUACAACUUCAGGCAGAAAACACAAAAGUACUAUCUCUUCCGAAACAUUCAGAUAUGUAGGACAAAGAGAAUGGAGGACUUUUUUACAUUUAAAUAUUUUAAAUGAUUCAUUUGUUAUUAUCGUUAUAGCCGUAAAUUUUUAGUUUUUAGAUAAUAGUUGCCUUAAGAUUGUGAAAUACACUCAAUAAUUCAGGUCCUUUACUGCCAGAGAGUUUAAUAAACUAAUCAUUCUUUUAAAGUGAGUAGAAUUCUUCUUGAU